AUGGUUAUGGCUAUGCAUGGAAAUAUCCUUUCAGAAAUACAGGCACCAUCUGAACUACGACAGGUUUUUAAGAAUGAGAUUCAGAUGGUUGGGAAUGAAGGUGCUAAAGUGUUACGAGUGCUUGGAGAAAAAGUACAGAAGAUGGAAAAACUAGCCCCGGGAAACCUCCUCCAGGAUGUUCAUGAUGCUGCUGAGGAUUUGCAACUGAAGAUUGACGAAAAAUCUUAUCUUUUGGUAAAUGCAGAGAGCUGGGAAAGUGUAAAACGGCCUGGAAAAUUUCAAGACCCUGAGCACCUUCAAGAUCUCAAGGAUAACGCAAGCAAACCAUUAGUGAUAAAUUCCCUUAGUGCAGUCAACCUGAAAUCAACCUACUCUUUUAAAAACUACGAUCCGCAGAAUCCAAACAUGAGCACCAAUCUCUCAGUUUCUCAAUGGGGUUCCGGAGAAGAUGUGCUCAAACAACAAACAAUGUGGCCGUCAAGGCUUUCACUUAUUGGUGAUACCAUUCUCAACGAGCGUGAAGUACGGACAUAUGAAAGUGCAAGUGCAUUGUCACUCUCAACAUUUACAUCCCUGUUGAUUGAGUUUGUGGCUAGGCUUCAGAAUCUCGUGGAUUCGUUUGAAGUACUCAGUGAGAAAGCAAAAUUCAAGGACCCCAUAAUUUCGACUGAAACAAAAGAAGUACCUGGUUGUUGGGACUUGUUUCUCAAGCGCAUAUGCUGCAAGGAUUAA